GUGCCCUCAGACCCUAAUUCCCCGCCGGACACCGGGCUGAGGCUGAAGGGCGGUGGCAAAACCGACGGGUAGGGGCAGCCCCCGCCGCCCCUCGCCCUCCCAGCCCGGGCUACGAGUGCCUGAGGGCCGAGGGGACGGGGCCAAGCCAGGCGGGCUCCCCGACGUCCUCACCCGGCGGAGCGGCUGGCCGAGAGGAUGAGCGCCGAAACUUGCUCCAGCUGACGGCUCUGAGGGCACCUGAGCGUCCCCGCGCAGCCCUGAAGCAUGGCUUUGCUCAUCGCUUGGCUCUGUGUGGCCGUGAGCAUGGAGAAGGCUCUGGGGGGCCAGGGCGACGCGGGGGACCUCUACUCGGAAAACAUCACUCGGAUUCUCGACAAGCUGUUGGACGGCUACGACAACAGGCUCCGGCCGGGAUUUGGAGGCGCCGUGACAGAAGUCAAAACAGACAUCUACGUGACCAGCUUCGGGCCGGUGUCCGACGUGGAGAUGGAAUACACAAUGGAUGUCUUCUUUCGUCAGACCUGGACUGAUGAGAGGUUGAAGUUUGGUGGGCCAACUGAAAUUUUGAGAUUGAACAAUCUAAUGGUCAGUAAAAUCUGGACACCAGACACAUUUUUUAGAAAUGGAAAAAAAUCAAUUGCUCAUAAUAUGACAACUCCUAACAAACUUUUCAGAAUUAUGCAGAAUGGAACUAUUCUUUACACAAUGAGACUAACCAUUAAUGCUGAUUGUCCUAUGCGGUUGGUGAACUUCCCAAUGGAUGGACAUGCUUGUCCACUGAAGUUUGGAAGCUAUGCUUAUCCAAAAAGUGAAAUAAUUUAUACAUGGAAAAAAGGACCCCUGCACUCAGUAGAAGUACCACAGGAGUCUUCCAGUCUCCUCCAGUAUGACCUCAUAGGACAAACUGUAUCUAGUGAAACCAUUAAAUCUAACACAGGUGAAUAUGUAAUCAUGACAGUUUAUUUCCACUUGCAAAGGAAGAUGGGCUACUUCAUGAUACAGAUAUAUACUCCUUGCAUUAUGACAGUCAUUCUUUCUCAGGUGUCUUUCUGGAUUAACAAGGAGUCUGUUCCAGCCAGAACAGUUUUUGGAAUUACUACAGUUCUAACAAUGACCACUUUAAGCAUCAGUGCACGCCAUUCUUUGCCCAAGGUGUCCUAUGCUACUGCCAUGGAUUGGUUCAUAGCUGUAUGCUUUGCGUUCGUCUUUUCUGCACUUAUUGAGUUUGCAGCUGUCAACUACUUUACCAAUCUUCAGACUCAGAGAGCAAUGAGGAAGGCAUCAAGGGCAGCAGCACUGGCAGCAGCACUAUCAGCAGCAACUGUACCGGCAGAGGACGAGAUUGUCUCGCGUUCUGACUCCAACUGUAACCUGAAGAAGAGAGUAAACUCUGUAAUGUCUCAGGCGGAUCAAUCUCCUGAAGCCAGCAUAAUAUCAAAUAGUGCAUCCCAAUAUCAGCCAGUGUCUGCUCCUCCACCAGCCACCCCAGCACCACCACCUAUUGGAGGCACAAGUAAAAUAGACCAGUAUUCUAGGAUCCUCUUUCCGGUGGCAUUUGCAGGAUUCAACCUAGUAUACUGGGUUGUUUACCUUUCAAAAGACACUAUGGAAUUUUUUGAACCUACUGCAAUGCAUCUUCGAAAUGAUCAUCAGUCCAUCUAAAGAACAGGUUUCAAAAAAACAUCACUGAAGGUCUUGUAGGGUUGAAGUAACUUCAGAGGAAUUGUCUAUAAUGCUCUCAAUGUUCAAACACAGAAUAUUUCUACUGGACACCACCUGGAAACAAAUUCUGGACAAAUCAAAAAAAUAGAAACUGCACAAAGUUCUAAAAAUACUUUCUUACAAUUUCUUUGUGUGAUUCUGUUAUAAAAGUUCUUGUUAAAUUAUUUUGUCCAACAGUCAAAGAAAAGAAUGUGUAUUUGUUCUAGUUCUGUAACAAAUAAUUGAAUAUUUACAUUGGUAUAAAACAUCAGUAAUGGGAUUAUUUCUCUUAGAUGCAACAAGCAUUAGUAAAGGAAGCCAGAUUCUGAACUGGUAUAAAUUAGCACUGUUUCACUGAAGUGCUAGGAGCUGCGCUGAUUUUCAUCAGGUGAAAUUGGCCCAAAAUAACAUUAAGAAUGAAAGCUAUGAGAGAGAGCUGAACUCCCAUCACCUUUUCAUAACAUUUUCAUAGAUAAAAUGAAUGAUGAAUACUGAUUUUCUGUAAUUUCAAUUUCAUAUCCUUUAAUCUGAGGUAAUAUUUGUAAAGAAAAAAUAUGCAACAAGGUACAAAACAGAAAGGAGAUUGGUUAUGUACUUUAGCUGUUUAUAUUAUAAUGCUUUUUUGUUGAGAGUGACCGUGAAAGUGAAACUAGUCUAAUUACAAGCAAUUUAUGGGCAGUAUCUAGAAACACAGGACUGAUGCCAGCGAGAUUUCACAGACUGAUGCCAGUGAGAUUUCCAAGUUGAGUGGUUAGAAAGAUGCAGCUACCCAUCAAGUGAAAUGUAAGCCUCCAGCUCUAGGAAAUAGCCCAGAAGCGAGCUGUGACAGCUAGUUAGGAAACAAAUUCUUAUCAGCUGUUUCUACUGAACUGCACAUAGCAAACUCCUUAGAACUUUUUCCAGAGGCAAGUUAUUGUUAGCAAAUUCAGAGUUUAAAGGUGCUAGUAUUUUAUUUCUCACUCUCAACAAAAACAGUCACAGGAUUUAUUUUUCAUAGUUCACAAUCAUCUAUUAUUUUAUUGUACAUUCACACUCUUCAUCUCUGUAGUCCUUCUCAAGUAUGUAAUUAGGAAAGAUAAUCAAAUCAAACUUGAGCCACCUCUGUUGCAGGUGUAGUGGACGCUGGUGGGAGUCAAAAGCACACAAGUCUUAAUGCAGCCAACUAUAAAUUGAGGACCCCUACCCUGAAUUUAACUGUAGUGCAACAAAAUUAUAUUCAUUUUAAAGUGAGAUGGAAAAUUCAGGGUCUUUUGCUUUGUCUAAAUAAAUAUCUUAGUCACUUUGAAAAAAUAAUUAGGGGCUGGCUAAUUCCAGUAAGUUAUCAAGUGCUCCAUUGGCUUCAUUGGCAUUAUAACUAAUUUAACUAUCUGUUGAGCUAGCUCCAAUUGUUUUUUCAGCUCCAGCUGUUUUUUUUACAGCUCCACUGUUUUUUUCUCCUAUUUCAAGAGAAACAUAUAGCUUUUACUGUUGUAGUUCCAGGACUGAACAUGUGAGAUCACUUUUCAAACUUCUUGUUCUUAAUUCUGUAGAACAUAAUUGUAGAUAACUUAAGUAGACUUGAGUCAAUAUUAACUACUGCUGCACAGAAAUGUCUUUUUUUUUUUUUUUUUUUUUUUUUUUUUUUUUUUUUUCCUGACUGGCAGCAGGCUGGCACACUUGGAUGUAUUUACAAGUGCACUGAAUUUUUUCUUCACUUUCCCUUGAAAUCAAAAUUGUGAAAUGAAAAUUGUUAAAUUGAUCUUAUAUUUUUAAAAAUUUAAACAUGGACACCAUGCAAGUUAGCAUUUUACAGUUUGUAAAUACAUUUUAUUUUGAAAAAAAAAAAAAAAAAAAAGUGUUGUAUGUUGUAGAGACCCAGAGGUUAUCUUUUAGUCUAACUUUACUUGUUGUUGCUCCUCAGACUAAUUUUCUAUUUUGAAUACACUAAUGUCUGUAAGAAUUUUCUAAAAACUUUAGAACUGGUUUAUGCACAAAAUGAUAAUUUUUAAAAGUUAUGGUGAAAAAAAAAAAAAAAAAAAAGUUACAAUGAAGCUAAAUGUUGUACCCAGUCUUUUUUGUUUAAAAAUAUUUGAAUAUGAAUUUUACAGCAAAUCCAGAGAGUUACUAAAUAGUCAUUAUUUCCUUGGAAUGUAGUAUUUCAAUGUAUAAAAUAAUGCUAAAUUCCUAACUGUAAGGUUCUAUCAGCACAUUAAAAAUAUACUAACAGUUCUUGGUGUUUGAUACCAUAUUUCAACAUCAUUGCAAAGACUGCUAAUUUUGCUUCAAAGGAGAUUUCCAUGUGGAUAAGAUAGGAAGGGUUUGUCCUCCACAUUUUUUUGAAUAGUAGGAAGGGACUAUGUAUUUACCCUAUUAAAUGCUUUGUAGAGAAACAGUUCAUAUUCAAUCACAUUCAACAUCAAUAAUGUUCAUAAUGCCAAGUUAUAUCUUAGAAUAAAUGUAAUUACUUACAAUUAAUGUCAGUUCAUAAAAAUACUAGUUAUGGUACAACAGUAACCAAACAAGAUAAGCAGCAAAAAGAAAAGAUAAAUACAAAAAAAAAAAAAAAAAAAAGGAAAAGAAAAAGGAUUCAUAUAUAUAUAAGCAUGUGGAUAUGUAUUUCUGUAGAUAAUAUAAAUAGCAUUAGAGAAAUAUAUAUUAAUUUAAAAGAGA